AAAUUGGAUAUACUUAUCCAACCGUCUUUAGGCACUCUGAAUGGUUUAGAGAAUCACCUUCCAGACUUUUAUACAAUUUGGGUUCACGAGUGUAUUUAAAUAAUGUUAUACAACUUCCAAAAGUACAAUAUGAAUUUUUCUCUAAUGAAACAAUCGAAGAAAAACGAUUAAGGGAAUCCCGCCGUGAUUCAAUAAAAAAUGGGUUUCUUCAUGCCUGGAAUGGAUAUACAAAAUAUGCAUGGGGAUACGAUGAAUUAUUACCAUUAACAAAUGUGGGUAGGAAUAAUUUUAACGGAUGGGGAGCAACUAUAAUUGAUGCAUUAGACACAAUGUGGAUUAUGGAUUUAAAAGAAGAAUUUAAUCGUUCAAAGGAUUUUGUUCGAUCAGUAGACUUUACAAAAAGUGAUGAAAACAUCAACGUUUUUGAGACUACAAUUCGUUAUCUCGGUGGAUUAUUAAGUGCAUAUGAAUUGUCAAAAGAACUCGUAUUUCUGGAAAAAGCACAAGAAUUGGGUAAUGCUUUGUUACCUUCUUUCGAUAGUCCCACCGGGUUGCCAUAUAAUUCAUGGAAUCUCACAUGGUUUGCUUAUCUGUUAAUAACAAAAGAUUUGUUAUGCAUUAUCAUUCGUUGUAGUAGGACCAGUAUAUUAGCUCAAGUUGGAACUAUGCAGCUGGAAUUUAUGAAGUUAUCACAACUAACUGAUAUCAACCUUAUAAUGUUUAAAAAGGUUCAAGAUGUGAUUGAAAUUCUUGACCAUGCAGAGAAAUAUACUCCUGGAUUAUACCCUCUGGAGAUCGAUCAAGACUCUGCUGAGUUUAUAGGAUCUCAUGUGUCUUUUGGCCCUUUGGGUGACAGUUUUUAUGAGGCACGUGUGCAUUACCUACUUAAGGUAUAUGUUUUUACCGGAGGUGCAUUGGACCAAUACCGGAGAAUGUACAUUGAAUCUGUCGAGAGCAUGCGUAAAUACCUUAUCAAAGAAGGUAGGGCGUGUUUUGUUCCUGGCAUGCUUGCGGUUGAUGCAAAAAUUCUGGAUCGACCAGAUGACCUUGAAAUUGCCAUUGGAUUAGCAGAAACUUGCUACUGGUCUUAUAAUGUGACUGUAACUGGACUUGGACCAGAAGAAUUUUGGUUUCUUACAUCCGCUGAUGAAUUAAGUCAAAAUGAAAUUGAUUGGUUAAAAAAACAAGAAGAAACUAAUAAUCUUCCGAAUGGAUUGGUUAGAAUAUCACCAACUUAUUUGCUGAGGCCAGAAACUGUCGAGAGUUUAUUCAUUUUGUAUAGGAUAACAGGUGACAAAAAAUAUCAAGAAAGAGGAUGGAAGAUAUGGCAGGCCAUCGAGAAAUGGUGUAAAACGUCAACAGCAUAUUCUGGACUGAAAAAUGUCAAUACGGAAAAAGCCGAAAUGAAUAAUAUUAUGGAAAGUCCACCUGAUGUUAUAUCAUUGGAUACUUAUGUAUUUAAUACUGAGGCACACCCUUUACUUAGAAUGUUAAAACAUUAA